UGCCAGGCCGAUUCUUAUAAAGCCUUACAGUUACUGGAAAAAAAAGGGAAAGUGAAAGCUUAGUUUUUUUGUUUGUUUUUUCCUGGGGAGGAGCUUCAGUUGGACAUUAUAAAAAUCAAUUCAGAGGCUUUCUGCAACUACAGAAGACAAGCACAUUCAGGAGGAAACCAAAAUAACAUUUACAGAAGAUCCUAGCGCUGCACGCAGAGCUUCCUGACAACCAGACAAAAAGCCCAAGAGCUACAGACUGAGACUGAUCAGGAUGAGGAGAACGAGGCAGGACUUGAAUAAUGACAGGCCGGUUCCCAGGACAGGAGGACGGAGUCCGUCGACCACAGGGAGAGCUUGCGGUGGACGAGAGUCUGGCCCAGGACUCAACUGCAAACCAGAAACAAAAACAAACAGUCAUUGGCCACUAUCACAGAAAAAAACAAGCCAUUGUCCAGCAACAAUGGAGAAAGGUCAGAAAAAGACAAUUAGACAGUGCCAGUCUGCUGUUAACAACGAUCAAAAAGUGUCAAGAGCAAACACAAGCAGCAAAAACAUGGGAAAAGACCGUGGAAAGGGCUUAAAUGUUGCACAUAAUAUAAAGAAGAACUGGAGCAAAAAAAUAGACAAUGGUGGAAGCAAAGAAAAUCUACCCAUGUUUAAACUCAAUCUGGAAGAAACAUGGCAGAACAGAGAUGGAUUCUGCAGAAGAAGCACAUUUGGGGACAACAUCACAAAAGAGAACAAGACCAUUAUGAUGAUCGGAGCCACAGGUGCAGGAAAAACCACUCUAAUUAACAGCAUGAUCAACUACAUUCUGGGAGUGCAAUGGAAAGACGACUUCCGGUUUGUGCUAAUAGAUGAAGGGAAUCAGAAAUCCCAGGCUGAAAGUCAGACAUCAGAGAUCACAGCAUAUCAAAUUAAUUACAUGGAUGGUUUCCGGGUCCCAUAUUCUCUGACCAUUGUGGAUACACCAGGCUUUGGUGACACCAGAGGAAUUUCACAUGACCAGAAAAUCACAAAGCAGAUUCAUGAGUUCUUCUCUGCCCGUGGAGGGAUCGACCGCAUUGAUGCUGUGUGUUUUGUAGUACAGGCUUCACUUGCCCGUCUAACACACACACAGAAAUAUGUCUUUGACUCCAUUCUUUCCAUAUUCGGGAAGGACAUUGCUCAAAACAUCAUUGUGCUGGUCACCUUUGCUGAUGGGAAAACACCUCCUGUUCUGGAGGCCAUCAAAGUCGCUGAGGUGCCCUGCUCUACCAAUGAGUCUGGAGAGCCUCUUCACUUCAAGUUCAACAACUCUGCUCUGUUUGCUACCAAUAGCACAUCUGCAGAUGAUGAGGAGUCUGACUGUGAAAACUUUGACCAAAUGUUCUGGAAGUUGGGUUUUUCCAGCAUGAAGAAAUUCUUCACAUCGCUUAACACGAUGAAAACCCAGAGCUUGUCUCUCACACAGGAGGUCUUAAAAGAGCGGCAGCAGCUAGAAGUGCAGGUGCAGGGUCUCCAGCCCCAAAUCAAUGCUGAUCUGACAAAACUGGAUGAAAUCAAGAAGACCACAGCUGCUUUGGAGCAGCACAAGGCGGAUAUGGAUGCAAACAAGGAUUUUGAAUAUGAAUUAGAAGUAACUGUCCCAAAACAGAUUGAAAACAACACUAGCUACUACCUAACCAACUGCCAAAGUUGUCACUUCACAUGUCAUGACACAUGUGUGUAUGGAAAUGACAGUGAUAAAUAUAAGUGCUGGGCCAUGAAAGAUGGAAAGUGUAAGGUCUGUCCUGGAAAGUGUGCCUGGAAUGUGCACUUUAAUCAGAAAUACAAAUGGGAUUAUGUCCCAGAAAAGAGAAAAGAAACUUAUCAGGAAUUAAAAAAGCGAUUUGAGGAUGCACAUGGACAGGUCAUGUCAAAAGAAAAGAUCUUCGAAGAGCUUGAAAAGGAGUUUCAGGUUGUCCAGCAUAUUGUGGCCGCACUAAUAGAGGGAUCUCAAAAGUCCUUGGAGCGGCUUCAGGAAAUCGCCCUCAAACCCAAUCCUCUGUCCACCCCUGACUACAUUGAUCUGAUGAUUGAGUCUGAGAAACAAGAGGCUAAGUCUGGAUUUCAAGAUCGCAUUCAGUCUUUAAGAGAAGUCAGGGAGAAGGCAGAGAUCAUCAGUAAGGUUUGCACAGGAGGAGUGCUUCCAGAUGAUUGGAAUGAUUACAAACAUGAAGCAAGAAAAAAAGAAGCAUCCUAUCAUCCAAUGGUCCUGUUCAAUAAUGUAAAGGAUUUCAUUCAGGAAAAAAUGGGCAAGAAAUGAAAUAUAAUACAAAGCAAUAAAAUACAAAUUUUAUUUCUAAAGCACAUUUAAAACAACUGCAUUUGAUCAAAGUGCUUUCCAACAUCAUUAAUACAACAAAACAAUUACAUACAGUCAGACUUUAAAAUUAAAGUCACUAAAAUUAAGUCACUCUAAUCAAUUCUAAAAGCUAUACUAAAAAGAUGUGAUUUCAAUCUAGACAUAAAAGCAUCCACAGAUGGGGAAGAUUUAAUGUGCAUUAGAAGAGGGUUCAGUUUUAGGAACAUGAAGAAUCAUCUGACUCGAAGAUCUCAUAUUUCUUGUAUUUUGAUAAGGAAUCAAUAGUUCAACAAUAUAUUUUGGGGCAAUGCCAUGCAAUUCUUUAAAAACCAUCAACAAAACCUUAAAUCUCAAUGCACAAAUCUCCAAUGCAAACUGAAAAUGAUCUAUCACUACCUUUUCAGAAUCAGAAUUGCCGCUCUAGUGUGCAUUCAUGCUUCAACUGUGAUAAAUAAAUAGGUUCAAAACUAUUAAAUGAACUCCUAUGAUUUAACUCUGAACAUAAAUUUGUUACUGGAGUAAUCUGUGACAGAAGAUUAUCAACGUUAUUUACAAAAAAAAACAUUUUUGAUUAGCCUCUAGG